AAGCAGCCGCUUAACCAACUGAGCCACCCAGGUGCCCCUACACCAUCUUUUUUAAAGGUCCUACUUCGUAAAAACGUGAGCAGUAGUCGCCUCAGAAAAAAAACUGUACCAACCACGGGCUGACCUAGAGCGGAACUCACUAAAAUGGCGGCUCCCCUACCGGGCACUGGCUCUCUUACGUCAUCAUACUGCGCGGCGGCCACGCGCGCACCACGUCGGAAAGGAGCAGGAGGGCAGAUGGCGAGGUCUCAGGCGGGGGGGCGUGCCCUGUUCAUCCCUGGCGCAAGAUGGCGCUGCCUUUUAUACGCUCGCUCUGUCUGUGCCGCUGGGGAGUCAAACGAUUGGGGGUUGCCGCAGCCGAAGCCCGCAGAGCCAUCAGCUUCAAACUGGAAGAAAAAACCGCCCACAGCAGCCUGGCACUCUUCAAAGGUGACACAGGUGUCAAAUAUGGCAUAGUGGGAUUGGAGCCCACGAAGUUGGCCCUGAAUGUGGAGCGCUUCCGGGAGUGGGCAGUGGUGCUGGCAGACACAGCGGUCACCAGUGGCAGGCACUACUGGGAGGUGACAGUGAAACGUUCCCACCAGUUCCGGAUAGGAGUGGCAGAUGUGGACAUGUCCCGGGAUAGUUGCAUCGGUGUGGACGAUCGUUCCUGGGUGUUCACCUAUGCCCAGCGCAAGUGGCACACCAUGUUGGCCAACGAAAAAGCCCCUCUUGACGGCAUCGGGCAGCCAGAGAAGGUGGGGCUACUGCUGGAGUACGAGGCCCAGAAGCUGAGCCUGGUGGAUGUGAGCAGGGUCGCUGUGGUCCACACGCUACAGACAGAUUUCCGAGGUCCAGUGGUACCUGCCUUUGCCCUUUGGGAUGGAGAGCUGCUGACCCACUCAGGGCUUGAGGUGCCUGAAGGCCUCUAGUAUGACCCUCCCUGGACUCCCUAAUCAUGCUCUUGGCCAUUCUCCUCUGAAAGUGUCUGAAACCUUUUAAUUUUGCCACCAAGCAAUCUCUAAUUCUCGAAAUGCAGUGUCGGGUUCUCUGUGCAAUAUCUAAGUCUUCUUCCUCUCCCAUACUGUGUGAAAGCUGGGCAUACAGCCACCCUUUCCCUCCCUCAAACUACUGCCAGUUUCCUAAGCUAUCAUGAGUGUACUUUGCCUGACUGGCUUCCUUCAGUCCCUCUGCCUCCCUGUGCCCGGACCUUUCUCAGACUGCAUUCAGUCCUGGGGUAUUAGCUUUCAACUUUGUUUGAAUUAUUCAUCACUGUGAUACCUCCACCUCCCUUUGCCCCCAUGUAAUUUUUUUCCCCCCUGGGACUCUAUAGGAUCUCUCCAGAGUAAAUCCUUUCUACCUCUGGCUGGAGGAGUGGUGCAGUGACUUGGCCCUUUCUCUCUAUAGCACAUAGAGUCUGGGCUCUGGCUCCCUCAGGAAGUGCUUUACUGUGUCUGAAUGAAACAGAGCCCUCCUUCCCCAGUACCUCAGUGCCAGACUUUCAGCCUCACACUGCUACAGCUAUCACCACCCAGAGUCCAUCUGCCUUAAUCUGCACACCUCUGACAUUUGGUCAAUCUGUUAUAAUCACUGGGCCAGUUACAACCAUGCCCAAAGAAGACAAGAUACUUUUGCCACAGCUGGAACUUCCAGAGCGAGGAGGGAGGCCUGAGGUCUUGCACAAUCCAUUUUUGGGCCUGCUCAGUCCCAAACCCUCACGCAUACUGCCCUGGUCCCCUACCCAAUCUGACCUCUGGCAGAAUACAGUUAACCUAUAGUAAUAUUUAGGGUUGAGGAAAACGUGGUGGGAUGAGUAUGUAUGUGAAAUAGGUAUUCUCAGGCUCUGUCUGACCUUGUGGUUCCCUCUUAUUCUACCCUUAUGAUGGCAAGGCAGCUAGAUACCCCUAGGGGAGAGGGAGAAGGACUGGGUUUAACAAAAAUAAUAAUUUGUAUAAUUAAAGUUUAUUUGAGCACAAAA